AUGAGCAACCACCACCGGCGCCCCCAAAAUCCGAACCGAAAAGCCCCCAAGCAAGGUGGGAAUGGACAAGCACCACUUCAUCCCGGUUCAGUUAUCUUCCGCAUCCUCUGCCACGUCGACACAGCAGGAGGCGUGAUCGGAAACUCCGGCCACUUGAUUAAACUGCUCGAAACCCAAACGGGCUGCAGAAUUCGCUUCGAAGAGCCCCUGCCUAACUGUCACGAGCGCGUGAUUAACGUCAUUGGCGACGCCUCCAUAGACAGAAAAAUCAAACUAAGGAAUGAGAAUGAAGACUUGGGUGGAUGGCCCCCCCAAUUGGGAGAUGAUCACGGGGCCGGGGAAUGUCUAGAGAUGGAGGUUUCGUCGGCGCAGUCGGGCUUAAUGAGGGUUUUCGAAAGGAUUUUACAGGUUAAAAAAAAUGAGUCAAUUGGUGUUACCGGUUGUAGAUUACUAGCCGGUUUGGGUCAAGUUGGAGGCGUUAUGGGCAAAGGAGGCAAAAUUGUGUUAGAGAUGCAGAAAAAUUCUGGGGCCAAAAUACGGGUGCUGAACAAGGAUCAGACUCCAUCUUGUGCCGGGCCUGGGGAAGAGUUAAUUCAGAUUACAGGUGAUGUUAUGGCCGUAAAGAAAGCAUUAGUGGCUGUCUCCCAUUGUCUUCAAGUUUGCCAACUACCCGUGGAAAGGAAAAAAUCACAUUUAUCUCCUCAUCCGAAGUCUCAAGACCCACAAGCAGAUUAUCUUGAAAAUUAUGAUAUGCCACAAUCUGUUCCCGGAAGUGAUUUUUCUUCUUUUAGCAGUUCUUUAGCGGAAGACGUGCAGAACAUUAUGAGAUUUGACAAUGAAAGUGCUCAGAGAAAUGUCGUGUUUAAGUUGCUCUGCUCUAAUGUUUCUGCGGGAGGUGUAAUCGGGAAGGGUGCAUCUAUUGUGAGAGAAUUGGAGAAAGAAACUGGUGCUUCCAUAAAGUUUUCAUCUCCUGCAGCUGGGUUGAAGGAUCGAAUUGCCACUAUUUCUUCAAUGGAGGGCCGAGAUUCUUCAGUCUCUUCCGCACAAAAUGCCAUAGUUCUUGUUUUUGCCAGAUCAGUGGAGGUCGACCCUGAGAAGGGGUACUUAUCUGAUUUGAGUGGGAGUGGAACUGUCAAUGCUCGAAUUUUAGUGACACCAAAUGAAAUCAAAUGCCUGAAGGAUGAUGGAGGAAGAAUUGCUUCAGACAUAAGUGCCACCUUUUCUGUUAAAAUACAGCUAUUGGAACCAAAACAUGCUCCAAAUGGCCAUUCAGCCAAUGAUAAAGUAGUUCUGAUUGUAGGUGAGUACGAAAAGGUUAAAAGUGCCCUAUUUCAAGUUACUGGUAGACUGAGGGAUAACUUCUUCUCUAGCUCAGCGCCUGGAGAAACAGUUCCCAGACAUUCCGCAACACCAUCUAGCAGUCCUUUGGUGAAAUGUUCCACUCCGCAAUCAGAAAACGCAGCUGAGCUUAAUCAAAUUGGUCAAGGGUUUGCGCUCCAAAAUAGUUUUCAUAGACCUAAGUUGCCACAUGAGCAGUUUGAGGACAUGAGGAAAGCUAGAAACACUAAGGAUCGUGCAAAGAAUAGGAAUGGAAAAGCUGUUCAUCAGAAAAGUAAUGUCGCAGACGCUGUGGUGAUCCCGACUCUUGAGAUUCUUGUCCCAGGAAAAGCAUUUGCUAACGUUUAUGGGGAAAAUGGAAGCAAUCUGACCCGAAUCAUUGAGAUUUCUGGUGCUAAAGUGACGGUGGAAGAUCCCUGUCGUGGAAGAAGUGAAGGAAAAGUGAUCAUAUCUGGGACGCAAGAAAGCAUUUUUGUAGCGCAGAGUUUACUUCAAGCAUUUAUUGGCGUUUGA